AUGCCACUCUCUCUUAAUGAGGAGGUGACACAGGUUGCCCUAAACCGGUGGAUUGCUGCCAACCGGGAUGUCAAAUGCAUCAUGUUAGCCACGAUAUCCCCGAAGCUUCAAAAGACAUUUUUGGAGAGGGACACGACUUUUGAGAUCAUAUCUGAACUUCAGAAUAUGUUUCAAGAGCAAGCUAGGACCGAAAGGUUUGAGAACCAUAAGCAAAUCCUUGAGAGCAAGCUCGAGAAAGGAGAGCCUGUUAACCCUCAUAUGCUCAAAAUGAUUGGAUUAUUCGAGUUUAUGGAGAGGCUUGAUGCAGGAUACUCGACCGAAAUGGCAAUUGACAUAGUUCUCCACUCGCUGCAUAGAGGUUAUGACCAUUUCAAGAUGAACUAUAACAUGCACGUCAUGGAGAAAACCCUCACGGAGCUUCACGAAAUGUUGAAGCAAGCCGAGUAA